AUGACACGCAAAGAUCUGAGAACAGAUGAUAAUAAGAGGUUGACAGUUGCAGAAAUUGACAAAAGGUUGAAGUCUUUCUUAGGCAAGCGUUAUUUACCUAAAGACUGCCUUACAUUCAGCUACAAAAGGCUUGGAUCUGGCCAUUACGGUGCUGUUUACGAAGGCCACCUGCGCCACCCAGAAAAAUGUUUCCAGAAUACAAAUGGCAGUUUAGUCCCCACAACUCCAGUUGCUGUCAAGCUGAUUAAAACUGACAGUGUCUGCCAAUUGAAUCGUAAAAUGGUGUACCAAGAGAUCAAGGUGGCUUGUGAACUCGAUCAUCCAAACGUUGUAAAAUUGCUUUAUCUUACUGACGGUGCUUAUCUUAAAGGAUAUGAUCAGUUGAUGAUGGUCAUGGAGUACAUGAAUAAAGGAAGCCUCUCUGAGUAUGCAAAGAAAUAUGGAGAGCUGUCAAAUCCAGAAAAAGUGUGUCACAUGCUGAAAAUUAUGCUGGAUGUUGCAGAGGGCAUGGUGUAUCUCUCUGGAAAAGAUAUCAUUCACCGUGAUCUUGCUGCACGUAAUGUGUUACUGACUAAAGUGGAAGGUGGCGGCGUAAGAGCAAAAGUGUCUGAUUUCGGACUGGCAAGAAUACUGGAAGGAAAUUACAAAUUGUAUAGAGUUAACAAAGAUGAGCUGCCUUUCCCUUGGAUGCCUCCAGAAUGUUUGGUACUAGACCCCUCAGACCCAGAGAACAUCUUUUCCAGCAAAGGAGACGUCUGGUCUUUUGGUAUCCUUAUGUGGGAGUCUUUCUCUGAAGGGACCCUCCCAAAGAAGGUUCUUAAACCAUUAGGAAUCACAGAUGGUGAGAAAUUACUGGCCGCGUACAAAAGCAAUUGGCGACUUCCUGGGGACAUAAUUAGGUGUAAAGAGGCAUACAAUCUCAUGACAAAAUGCUGGCAGAUGGAGCCAAACAGACGUCCAGCAUUUGUGGAGCUGGUUCAGGAAUUGAAACAUCUGAUAUCAAAAUUGGAGGUUACUAAAGGAGGUAAAUAA